UACUACAUAGUACAUUAUAGUAUGGUAAUAUCAUACUACCUCUGUUGAGUGAUGACCGAUUUGUUUUGCUGGUCAGCCGACAGCCAUAGACUUUAUACUAAAAUAUUAGUAUAAAAUCGAUGCUAUCGACUGACUUGACUAUAACUAUUACUUGAUUUGUGAGUAAUCUACAGUUGAAUCAACGAUGUCGGCUCGCACCAUACAUCCUCGCGAUGCUCUACAACGCCUAAGCGAUCGGAAAAAUCGCAAACUGGCCAUCGAUGACUCUUUUGAAAUGUCUUUUGAUCAAUUAUCAUCAGACAGAUCUGUCAUACCCGAUUCUCAGACGGAAGUCGUCGAAGCCUCUAAUUCUCCACUAAAAGAACACCGAGACCUCUUCGGCGAUAUCAUACGAUACGAUACUUGCGACAGUCCAGUAAUUACAAACAUAACUAAUACAAGUACACCGUCAUCGCGUAAAAGAAAAAAGUACAGUUGGGAAGAGAUCAUGGAGGAGAGCCCAGUAAUCAAACAGAAAAAAGUAUUUAUUCCGACACCGAGGAUUGUUAAACUAAUGAAGGAAGCGCAAAUGGAACUUUACUCAUUGAUGGGACAUACUCAGAGCCCGAGUGACGUAUCGGUCGUGUCGGCAGACAGUCUUAAUGUCAGCGGUGUUCAAAACUUAAUAGAAAGUCCUGUCCUAGUUAAAAAGAUAAUACCUCAUCACCAAAAAGGAAAUUCAUCGUCGCCUCCAGUUUUAGAAGGUGUUGUAGCAUUUGUUGACUAUAAAUUAGAUAACGAUCGCAGUGGUUUGGGUGUUAAACACUGUCUCACCGAACUGGGUGCAAAAAUUGAAAAAACUUUUAAUCGCAAGGUGACUCAUGUCGUGUUUAGAGAUGGAUCUCGUGUAACUUACCGUAAAGCCAUUGAACGUAAUAUUCCUCUUGUAUCGGCAAGAUGGGUUGAAGGCAGCAAGUUAGCUAAUAUGAUGUUGGAUCCAGUCAAUUAUCCUCCAGUAGACUUAGAAAAAUAUCAAAAGACACCGGAUAUUGAUUUUAAUCUUCCGAAGUACAACAAGUAUAAAAAGUUUUUAAGGCCAAGUGAUGUUGAACGUGAUAAUGUAUUGAAAACAAAAUGUAUUAACCUUAUGACCCAAGUCAAUAGAAUAAUGGACCCGUGUAAUGAAACUGAUGAAGACAGUAUUAUUGAAACUCCUAAAAAAAAUGUUAAUGUUCAAAAAGAACCGGAUGAUCCGUAUAAAACCAACGAUAUCAUCAGUGUAUUGUCCGAUCAAUUAAGCAAAGUACUCAACACGAAUGAUAGCCCAAUGCCAGAUGAUAAUAUUGAUGAGCUGUACUUGCCAAUGUCUAUAAAAAUUUUAAGAAAAUAUUUAACUCCCAAGGGAAGUGAAAAUAAAACACCAGCAGCACUCGAUAGUGAUUUACUAAAAAUCGAAGAUCGUUUAAAUCUAAACAGUCGCGCUAGACAAAGGCUGCGCAAGCUGCUAUUUCCCGAUAUGAAUUUAAGCAACAUCAGCAAUGUUAGUGAUUUUCCUAGUCCAUCGCCUCAAAAGAACAGGAUUAGCGCGCCACCCAGAUUAUUAACUAGUAAAAAGAAACCGUUUAAAACUUUAACUAGCAAAAUUGUCGAAGAGAACAAUAUUUCUAACAAAGAAAAAGAACAAACUCCAAAAGAAAAUAUGUCUAAAACUAUGAUUAAACAAUGGAAUAUACCUUCGGAUUUGCGGCCUAAAAAAGUUAGAAAAAUUAAAACUCAAGUUGAAGACGACAAACAAUCAAAACUCACCAGCUGGUUGUCCAGGGACUCGUCGAUAUUUUUUCAAACGCCAAAGGAAUCAAUUGCUAGUUUGAUUUGCGUUCAAUCAAUAGCCUGUACAGGAAUGAAGAAGAGUGAAGUCGAAAGCAUAAAGCAAACUGUGAUGAAUUUAGGAAAGUUCACUUUUGUGAGUAAAGUGGAACCAUCAACAACAUAUCUAAUAACUAAAUGUCAACCCAAUCGGACAUUGAACAUGGUUUACGCUAUGGCCUAUGGUUGUUACAUCGUUUCUGAAGAAUGGGUACACAAGUCUCACCAACAAAAAAGAUGGUUGCCUCAUUGCAAAUAUUUAAUUUCAGACCUCUCUGAUCCGGUCAAGGCAUUCCAAAGACAGAAAAAUACAUUUGGUUCCCUAUUGACGUUCCACAUAUUUGAUGGUGCCGGAAGCAUAUACAUUUCAGACAAAUGUGAACCACCGGCUAAAGACCUUAAACGACUCGUGCGAUCUUGUGGUGGAUAUUGUAUUAGCGAUGCGAGUGCAGCCAAAGUUGUAGUAGGGAGUACUCCGGAAACGGGCUCCAACAUAAAUGAAAAAUGGAUCUUAGAUUGUAUUACGCAAGGUACUCUAUUGAACAAAUCUCUUUAUAGUGUUAAUUGACAAACUUUAUAUCGUGUUGACUAUCAGUUUAAGAAGCAUAUUUUACAUUCUUACUUUUAUAUUCAUUUAUUUUAUUUUUUUAACAAAACAUCUUUAUACCUUUAUUUCUUAUUACAAUCUUAACUAUUUUUUUCAAAAUACUAUAACUUAGCUAAUGCUUCCCUUUAUGAUUAAUUUACACUAUAAACUUUUCUCAAAUGAAAUGUUAUUUCAAACAUGACAUGAAGAUUUAUUUUUAACACAAAAUAGUCAAUUUUAAAUUAAAGUUAAUAUACAGUAAAUAUUUUUAAGUUUUUUUUUUCUUUUAACUUACUGCUGUUCACUAACAUAAUAAUAUCCAAUAUAUUCAUGUAGAAAUUUAAAUUUGUUUUGUCUAGAUUGUUUUCUUAUUCUUAAGAAAUUUAAUUGAUAUUUCACAUCAUGUAAUAACUUUUAUAACAUGCACCUACAGUGUUUGUUACAUGACUUUAUUCUGCCAUUUUACCUUCAUGUAUAAUUAAUUGUAUUAUUCUUGUAAAAUUAUUAUGUUAAAAACUUACAAUUGGAAUUAAAUGAUAUUACAUAGAUUGUUAUGCACUAAUUUUAAUGAGGUUGUAAGUAUAAAAUGUUAUUAGGUUUAGCUAUUUUCUAGAUAAACAAUUAUUCUUUAUAUCUAUAAAUUAUACAUUUUUUUUGUCGAUACGUUUUGUAUUUUACCUACAAUAUAUAUCUGUGACUUGGGUCUAAAAAGGCCAAUCUCACUUUUUGCAACUUUCGGAAAAUGAGCUUUGAUGUUUUUAUUUUCCAUUAGGCUCUACGUUAAUUUUUUUACCAAACUCUUCAUAAGUAAUUCAUUUUUUGGCCUCAGAGUGUGAUUUUUUCACAGUAUAUAAAGAUGUUUCAAUUUUUCCACUAAGCGAACUAAUUUGUUAAUUGGAAUCAAUUAGAGAUAAUAUAUAUUCAUCGAGAAUGGAAAGCAAAAUGUUCGAAUGUCAAAAUUAUACUGACGAAUUAGAAACUCAAUAUAGAAAUUUAUUGGACAGAUAUGGACAGUACACUCUGAACAUCCAAGCCAAUUUACAAACAGUUCAAUGUAAAAUUUUCAAAAUAUAUUAUUGUUCAAUACCUUAUUCAAAUUUUCUUGAAAAUAAAAUUAGUAUAAUUUCACAUGUCUCAUAUCUAAUAUUUGUAUUUU